AGAGAGAGAGCGAGAGAGAGAAAGAGGAAACACAAGUGCCAGUGUAGCGGAAGUGGUACUGCCCUGAACGCUGAGCGAGACGGAGGACGGAGGCUGAAUCGUCCAGAGAGAGUUAAAAAAAAAAAAAAAAAAAAGCAGGAUUAAAAGUCGCCAAUAUUUCUAGAAAAUGGAUAAGAACGACCUGGUACAGAAGGCCAAGCUUGCUGAGCAGGCUGAGCGCUACGAUGACAUGGCCGCAGCCAUGAAGUCAGUGACGGAGCAAGGUGUGGAGCUGUCAAACGAGGAGCGCAACCUUCUCUCGGUUGCCUACAAGAAUGUGGUAGGAGCACGCCGCUCGUCCUGGCGCGUCAUCUCCAGCAUCGAGCAGAAGACCGAGGGCAAUGACAAAAAACAGCAGAUGGCACGUGAAUACCGGGAGAAGAUUGAAUUUGAGCUGCAGGAAAUCUGCCACGAUGUGCUCGGGCUACUGGACAACUUUCUCAUUACCAACGCAAGCGCUCCUGAAAGCAAGGUGUUCUAUCUGAAAAUGAAAGGCGACUAUUAUAGAUACCUGUCUGAGGUUGCAUCUGGGGAUGCUAAGAAGGAUACAGUGGAAAACUCCCAGCAGGCGUACCAGCAAGCUUUUGACAUUAGCAAGGGGGAGAUGCAGCCAACACACCCUAUCCGACUUGGCCUGGCCCUCAACUUCUCAGUCUUCUACUAUGAAAUCCUCAACAACCCGGACAGGGCCUGCAGCCUGGCUAAGACGGCAUUUGAUGAAGCCAUCGCUGAACUUGACACUUUGAACGAGGAUUCUUACAAAGACAGCACCCUGAUCAUGCAACUACUAAGGGACAACCUGACUCUGUGGACAUCAGAAAACCAGGCAGAUGAGGGAGAGACCGGAGACGGGGAAAACUAAUGGAAUUGCACUGUUAAUCCACCUACACUCUUAUCUUAAACACAGACAGCUUAUAUACAUCCCCCUCCACUCCAUCAGCUCCUCCCACUUCUGUAUGACAAGCAGCCUGAAUUGCUCCUGACCAACUAGUUUUACCCCUCUCAGUUCACUGUGAGGUGACAGGGUAAUUUUUCAGUUAGCAGAUUCAGUCACUUUGUGGAAACAUGUUGUAUUGAUUAGUGAGUCCAUGUUGCUGUUGUUUAUGUCAGCUUUGCGUGUAUGUCUGUAUGUAGCGAGUGAGCAAGUGUGAAAGGAAGUGAAAGAUGCCUGUAUGGUCUGGGGAGGGAGGGGGUGUUUGAAUUUUAAUGUUUUAAUGUUGAAUUUUAAUCGUCCUUCCAAAUCCCUUUGUCCCCAGCUAGUUUGUUGUGCAUUAUUCAUCCUCCCCUUUUUUUCUUUCUUUUUUUUUGUUACUUCUUUUAUUUGUGAUUCCUCAUGAUAUUUACAGGUUUUAUUGUAUGGUAAUUGAUUUCCACCAAACACUGUGAUGGUCGGCGUUCCAUUUUGCUUCACAAACCCAAAACAGUUUUUUGUGUUUUGAAUUCCCAGACACACACACACACACACACACACACACACACACACACACACACACACACACACACAACGUACAAUCCUGUAUUUCAACUAACUGCAAUUCUGCUGUGUGCUCAUACAGAAAGGAGGCAGGCUGUAUUGUGACACUGACAUCUUGGUGUAAUGCUCCUUGAUCAUGUUUCACACAAAUUCAAUUUUCAAGAGUUUUUAAGGGACCCCUUAAAUUGUCAUGUUAGAUUUGUUCAGACAUUCCACGUCAUUAGGCUUCUUUUUUCUUUUUUUGGAAAGGACGUGCUCCUUUUUUUUUAUGUUUUGUUUUUAACUAAGUAUGGAUUGUCAUUGUAGUUUUACUCACUGUUCAGGUGCUGCUUGAUCUCAGUACAAUGGAAAUUUGUGUGCGUAAAUGUGGUUCCAUGUAUUUUGCAAGAUUGACUAUCAUCUGUAUGUAAAACCUAAAGUAACCUUUUAUUGAUGUUAAUUGAAAAUGUCUUACCACACUGUAUCAACCCUGCUUGCAAAAUAUUCCUCUUAAAGCGGUUGUUUUAUUCCCCCACCCCUCCCAAGAAAAAAAAAGAAAAAAAGGAAAAAAAAAUUGUGCCUGGCUUUCUCUUGCAACCUCUAUUUUAAUUUUUCAUUAAGGUGGCAGCAUCUGCUUUGUUGUUGUUUUUUUCUUUUUUAAGUUCGGAAGAAAACGAGUUAGCCCAGACAAAACUUUUAAAACAGUUUUUACCCAGGUGCAUCCAUCAUCUCUCUGCUGGUGUGAAUGAUCGCCUUGAAAAAAAAAAAAAAGGAAAAAAAAUCAGGUCUAUUUUGAAGGUGCAAAAUUUG